UCAAGUCAAGACGUCGUCUCUAUUCACAAUUAUUGUAGUUUGUGAAUUGUACAUACAGGAAAUAAAAUAAAUAGUAGUUUGCACUUUACUCUAAUUUUAAGCUAACUAUAAGGUAUUUAAACUUAAAACUCAGAUAUUUUGAAGCGAAUAAAAUGUCUUCACCACGCCCGAAAUCACCCCGGACUCCUGUAUUGCCUAAAAAAGAGGAUAAAGAAGAAUCAUUCUGGGACAAAAUUGGGACAAUCGGUCGUAAAAAGCGUAUCAAGGAAGUCCAGGAAGUGCAAGCUGAAGGCAAAUAUGCGAUAGACUCACCAGGGAGCCCCACUGCGCCAGAAAUUCCACCUGAGGACUAUAGUCUGCUUGAUAAUGAAGAAAGAGCAAUAAUAGAACAAAGGUCAUUAGAUGACCCCAGAGUGAAGGAGCUCAUUCAAGUUUUGAUUGACUGGAUAAAUGAUGAGCUUGCUGCCCAGAGAAUCAUUGUAAAGGAUAUUAGUGAGGACCUGUACGAUGGGCAGGUACUUCAGAAGCUUCUGGAAAAGCUCACAGAAACCAAACUUGAUGUGCCCGAGGUGACACAGUCAGAAGAGGGCCAGCGGCAAAAGUUGGCUGUUGUUCUCAGAGCUGUUAAUAGGGUGCUGUAUGGGACAUCAAAGCCAGUACAAAAAUGGAGUGUAGAUUCUGUGCAUUCCAAAAAUGUUGUGUCCAUCCUUCACCUACUGGUAUCUCUUGCUCGUCACUUCAGGGCACCCAUCCGUCUUCCUGAGAAUGUCAGUGUUAAUGUUGUGGUGGUAAAGAAAGAUGCACCCAAUCAGCUGUCCCAUAGAACCUACAUCGAGGAUAUAACAACUACUUACGACGACCUUGGUAUGAAAUGCGAAAGGGACGCGUUCGACGCACUGUUUGAUCAUGCUCCAGAUAAACUACAAGUUGUGAAAAAGUCAUUGAUCACAUUCGUGAACAAACACCUGACUAAGGUGAACCUUGAGGUGAUGGAUCUCGACACCCAGUUUCAUGACGGUGUGUACCUUUGCCUCUUGAUGGGACUUCUUGAGGGUUUCUUCGUGCCACUCUACGACUUCCACCUGACGCCGCAGGACUUUGAUCAGAAAGUGCACAAUGUGUCAUUCGCCUUUGAGCUGAUGCAAGAUGUUGGACUUGCUAAGCCUAAAGCAAGACCUGAAGAUAUCGUGAAUCUCGACUUGAAGUCAACUCUCAGAGUGCUGUACAAUCUCUUCACAAAAUAUAAAAAUAUGGCCUAAGUCAUCCACUUGUCAUUAUACAUAAUACGUCAUUGCUUUUAAUUAAUUUUACAUCACAAAUGCACGUUACUUAGUUUACAUUUAACGCACAAUAACUUAAUUUAAUAUUACAUUUAAUUAAACGCGUUAAAAAUACACUCGAUAACAAAUACAAAAAUUGGCUUUCCAGAUAUUAAAGUAGAUCGUAUAAAACAAUUGCAAAAAUCAAGUCAUUUUAUCAGAGACAUUUAUCUCAAACCGAAAGCAUUGGGUGUCUACUUUUUGUUUUCUUUGUUCAUGAGUGUAUUAUACAAACAAAUAUCUACAAGUUUGAAUUCAUCACAAAUUCUAAGUCUUGUGAACUUAAUAUUUAUUUGAUGUUAACGUUAAAAACGACGACGUAUUUUUAAGUUUUAUUUGUUUUUAUGUCU